AUGUCUUCAGGCGUCGGUGUCAGCGAUGAAUGCCUUUCAGCAUUUCAAGGUCUGAAGCUAGGCAAGAAGGCCAAAUACGUUAUCUUCGAUCUCAACAGUGACAAGACUGAAAUCAUCGUAACGAAGCAAUCUAACGCGGAGUCCUACGAUGACUUUCUGGCUGAUCUCCCGGAAGCUGAAUGCCGUUGGGCAGUGUACGACUUUGCCUUCGAGAAGGAAGGUGCCGGAAAGAGGAACAAGAUUGUUUUCUUCUCUUGGUCUCCCGAUGAUGCUAAGAUCAAGAACAAGAUGCUGUUCGCGUCCUCAAAGGACGCGUUGCGGCGAUCUCUAGUCGGCAUUGCCCUCGAGAUCCAAGGCACCGACUAUAGCGAGGUUGCUUACGAGGCUGUGCUGGAUAAGGCUAAUCGUGGGGCGUGA